ACCAUGCUUCAGCGGAUCCUGCAGGACAUGUCCGUGGACCCCGUGCUCCUGGCCGAGCUCAGCGAGGAGCAGAGGCACACCCUCUUCUACAGGAUGCGGGCGGAGCAGCUGCGGCGCUGGUGGGAGCGGGAGGCUGGGGAGGCCACGGCCCAGGAGCCCUGCAGGCCCCCGAAGGCCCGGCGAGCGAGUGACAAGCGUGUGCAGUGGCUUCUGGGAGCGGACGGCGAGGUCUGGGUCUGGGUCCUGGGCGAGGGCCCUGGCGACAAGCCCUACGAAGAAAUCUCCGAGGAGCUGACGGUGGAGCGUGCACGGCUGCAGGCCCGGCGGGAGGCCCAGGAGCUCUGGACGCGGACGGAGGCGGAGAUCACCAGGAAGUUCCGGGAGGCGCUGGCCCAGGAGAAAGCCCGGAUCCUGGCCCACAAGUGGAGGCUGGAGGCAGAAGACCGCGGGGCCACCAAAGCCCUGGAGGGGCGCAUCCGCGAGGAGUUCAAGAGGAGGGAGCAGGAGGAGCGGGAGCGAGGGCAGGAGCGAGUUCGCCUCCGGGAGGAGCAGAGGGCACAGGAGCUCUACUGGACCCUGCGGCAGGCCCAGCUGCACGGCCAGGCUGGCGAGCAGGAGCAGCACGAGUGGGAGGAGCAGUUGUGCAGGUCCAAGAGGGCUGACGAGGAGAGGAGCCGCCAAGCCCAGCGCGCCCGGGAGGAGGCCCGGCGCCACCCGUCCCUCGCCGUCCAGGAGGGCGCCAUCACUGGCCUCGGCUGCCUGUUCCAGGAGCUGGGUCGCGACCAGGGGCAGGACACGCUGCGCGGCCGCCCCCCGGGGCCCGGGCCGCCCCUCCCUGCACCCAUCAGGACGUGGGAGCGCCCCCUGCGUCCCGUCUCCAGGGAGGCCAUCGUCCGCUGGUUCAAAGAGGAGCAGCUGCCACGCAGGGCUGGCUUCGAGAGGAGCACCAGGGCCAUCGCCCCCUGGUUCCACGGAAUCAUUAGUCGAGAAGAUGCAGAAGAGCUCCUGGAGAGCAUGGCCGAGGGCGCGUUUCUGGUCCGGGUCAGUGAGAGAAUCUGGGGGUACAUUUUGUCCUACCGGCUGCAGAAGGGGUUCAAGCACUUCCUCGUGGACGCCUCCGGGGACUUCUACAGCUUCCUGGGCGUGGACCCCAGUCGCCACGCCACACUCACGGAUCUCAUCGACUUCCACAAGGAGGAGGCCAUCACCGUGUCAGGCGGGGAGCUGCUGCAGGAGCCCUGUGGACAGAGGGCCAGCCCCCCAGAUUACCACCUGCUGUUCCAGUGA